UCACAGUUAAACGUUCAGAAAUUUGUAGCAUACGCCAGUGCACCUCGGAAAUAAACGGCUGCGAUGAAUAAGAAUAAAAUGCAUUUUCUUGUCGGUUUAAUUUCUUGCACAUUUAUGUCCACAGCAAUUGUGUUAUGCCUUACGAACUUUAAAGUAAGUAAGCUUAACGCAUGUCCAUCGCAGGACUCCAAGUUCCUAUCGUUGACUGAACGUUCUUUAGAACAGUGUGUUGAAGAAUGCGCGCGAAAAAAAAGUUGCGAAGUUGUCGGAUAUAAGCGUUCAUUUCGGUUAUGCGAGAUACACGUGGAUUCUCCGUCCCCGGAUGUUGACGACAAUCGCUGUGUCAUGAUAAAGAAAACGGAUAUGAGCGGACCACCAUCAAAGUGUACUAACUGUGGUGAGUGGAGUGCAUGUGACGAGGAAACUGGGCACUGUUCAAGAGAAGAAUGCCCACUGUUAACAACUGUUGCCAAUGGAACAGUCCUCGGAAAUAUGAAUGAUUUUGGGGCAAAGAAAAUUGUCAGGUGUAACACAGGGUUCUUUGAGAUUACAGGUACUCACUCUGUCAAGUGUUCAGCAAAAGGGGAAUGGACUCCUCGCUAUGAUCGCAAUCCACAUUGUCAAAAAUGCCCGGGUGCAGAACAGAUGAUCCAGUUUCCACCAGAACAGGAGAGCCAGUUUCCUCUGUCCUAGUCUUACAAGGUUAAGUUUUACACAACUAAAACAACACAAGAAAACGCUAGUGACAUCUGUGCCAAGCAAGAUGCGCAUCUCGUUAGAAUAGAUGCAUGGUGGAAACUACGAUACAUACGGAGUAUACGAAAUACUUGCUUUCAUUUCAGUAGGUACUGGACAGAUGGAACAAAAGACAUCGAUGGAAAAUGGAAGUAUACCAAUAGCCUGAAUAUUUCGAGAGCUGAACAAUUCUGGAAUCAGAGGGAAAACGACAAUGGAAACUGUGUUCAGAUUAAUCAGUGGCUGUCGGCGGUACCAUGCGAUCAGAAGUUACAUUUCAUAUGUGAAUUUGACUAGUCAGUUUUGUAUCUGAACGCGUGGUUUGUUUGAUCGAAAAAUGUGACACAGUGGUGCAUUUCUUGGACACCUUCAAAAUGUACAGUUUUUGUUCAUAUAUACACAAUUUUGUUAGUCGAACAAUUAGUUGAUAUGUAUACAGUCAUCCGUUGAAACAGUCGUUAUGAGCAAAGUCAUGUUUUCUUUAUUGUUAUUUCUCUUUAUAACUUGAAAAUUAAUGUAGAAAAAGGAACAGUUUCUGUAUGUAUACUGACAUUUAAGUGUUCUUUAAGAUUUUGUUUAGCUAUAUCACGGGUGGUAAACGCGCAAUCCAAUUCCUCUGGGAAUACGCUUAAAAUGGGUUGCGCGACGUCCGGUGCUGGUGUUGCGCGUAAAAAGGACCAAACUGAGGUAUGUGAAGUUAUGAUUUUGCUUAGUACGAGACGAGAAUAAUUUUUCUCGAAAACAAGGAUAAUGCUAUUCGACACAAAUAUGAUGAUACAUCAUAUACGUAAAAUAUCUGGUUUGUAAUUUAUGAUUUGGCUCUAUUAUCACAAAAACUCUGGCGACACGAAGCGUGAAAAAAGUAUGAAACCAACAAAAAUGGCAGUUUCUGACCUCAUAUGCCUAAUCUGAGGACAACUGAUGCUUUUUAUGAUAACUCAACUGUUCUGAAGUAACGGAUAGCAAAAUCAUUUGCUUCAAAUCCUGCUUACGGGGAAAUAAUUGACAAAAAAAUCAUCGGGAUGGGGUUGCGCACCCGGAAUAUAAUGUAUACGCGCAACUCCAUUCCCGGGGCGCCACCCCAUUGCCGAUUUUUUUGCAAAUCUUUCCACUAAAAUUGUUUCAUCUUCAAAUAUUUUAUUAGUCAAAUUGUAUGAAUGUUUUCUUGUUAGUAAAACUAAUAGAAAUAAUUGGGCUUAUCAGGUGAAAUGUCUUUUAGACAAUUUUGGCUUUUCCUAUGUAUGGAAUAAUCCAACGUUGAUAGACCUAGAUAAGUUCUACCUAGCCUUUAAAGAACGUGUAUAAGAUACUUUUAAGCAGAAUUGGUACCAACGUAUGAACGAAUGUGGAACAUUAGAUAUGUACAAAUAUUUUAAAACUAGUUUUGUAUUUGAAAAAUAUUUAGAUUUAUUACCUUUUAAAUACAGGAGUGCUUUAGCUAGGUUAAGACUAUCCUCGCAUAAAUUAGCAAUUGAAACAGGUCGUUACUCUAGAAGUAGAACAGGUAGAAAUCUGCGUUACUGCAUAUUUUGUCAGAACAGAGAUAUAGAAGACGAAUACCAUUUUAUCAUAGUGUGCCCAUUGUAUGAGAAUAUAAGAAAAACAUAUUUAAAAUCAUAUUAUUACAGAAGGUCAAAUUUUAUGAAAUUUAUUGAACUUCUCAAUAGUGAUAAACAAGUUAUUAUUAAAAAUUUGUCUAAAUUCAUUUAUCAUGCAUUUAUACUGAGAACAUCUUUAUUGUAAAUAGUGGUAUACUUUUAGCUCUACGUAUCCAAAUGAUACUUCCAUGUAUAGUUGUUAAAUGUAUAAGACUCAUCCUCCAUAACAAUCUAUGUUACAUGUAAAUUCAAUUAUUUCAUUCAAAAAUGCUUAUGCUUUUUGAUAUUUGUAUAAAAUCACAUGACAAUAUUUUGAUGUAUGUGUAUAUAUUGUAUUCAUGACAAAAAACUGUACAAUUUACGUCAAUAAAAUAUUCUGUCUGUCUGUCUGUCCUAAAAGCAACAUUUCAUUCAAGUGUAUGUAAUAUUCGUGACUGUUACACGUGUUUGAUCAUUAGAAGCGUCACAUUUCCGGAAAAGAGGCACAAGAGUUAGAAACUUGGCAGUUUUCAUGAUUCCAUACUUUUUUGACAGUUACAGCUAGCAGAGUUUUCGUGAUAUCAGGGCAGAUUCUUAACUAAAUAAUUUGGUAUUUCAAACAUAUGAUCUUUGUUCAUUUUUGUGUCGAAUAGCAUUUCGCAUUUUUCGAAAACGCCCGUAUUUGUGUCAUUGUUUACAAAAACAAAAACCCACCUACCUCGAUUUUGUAUAUAUUGAUGCGCAACACCAGCACCGGAAGUCGCACAACCCAUUUUAAGCGUAGUCCCAGUGGGAUUUCUAUAUUUGUGUGAAGUAUCAAAUCAUUCCUUCAUACAGUUUUCAAAUUAUGCUCCGGACAAACUUUUUUCACAUAAGGAGAGACAAUCAAAAAUGGGAUCAGCUAGAGUUAUGGUUCUUUAACACUGCACUUCCUCUCACUGACCUCUAUCAAUAUAUAAAGUAUCAAGUAAAUCCCUUUCAUAGUAUUGGACUUAGGAUCCGGACAGGCUUUUUUUAAAAAAAGGGAGGUAAUUCAAAAACGAGAUCAUCUAGUCAUGGUUCCUUAUCACUGCACUUAUUCUCAAUGUGCUCUUUAACUGUGUGAAGUUAAAACUUAGUACCUUCAAUACUUUUUGAGUUAUGCUACUGACACGAAGUAUGACAAACGGACAGACAGACGGACGGACGCGGACGGACAAUAUGUAGCGACUAUAUGCCCGCCCUCCCCCCUCUCCCCCCUGCCCCCACACACUCUUCGGGGAGCACAAAAAGUAAUUCAAAAGGACGCUAUGAUAUCAACAGUACUGGCAAAUCAGUGGUUUUUUUUUCACGUGACACAAAACGGCAUCCAUAUCAGAAUCUUAUUGUUUGUGGCCAAGUUUCCUCAAAAUUUGCGCCCCAUAACGGGGUGCAAUACUCUGCGAUAGCGUUGGUAGUUCUUCUGACAUUUUUUUUUCAAUUUUCUAAUGUUGGUAUGCAAACAUGAAACCUCUUCAAUUUCUUGUUCAGCCACAUCCUCCGCAGGUUCUGUUUGAGCCUUCCACAUAGAAGAGCUGAAUUCUUUUUUUUUAUAAUUUAUUUUUUCUCUUUUAUGACAUACAUCAUACAAACACGUUACACUUGUUUUGUACAAUUCUGCAGACCUACUAAAUAAUAAUAAAACAGAAAUAAUAUCUUUGAGAUACAUAAAACAAUUGCAAUUAUUUCCCCUUCAGUUGUGUUUAUAAAAUCGUUUUGUAUGUCAAAAAGAGAUAAAUAAAAGUAUCCACUUUGCAUGAUAAGACGCUUAAUUUGAGAAGAAAGUUAACACUGUAUAAAAUAAAAGUAGAGAAAAAAAAGUAUAGAGUAUACCCAUGUGCGCUCUUGAUUACCUUUGAAAUAGAUUAUUUCAAUUUUUUUUAUAUUUUUUUUUCAUGUGUCUCAGUGAUGUACGUGGUAAGGAUGCAUAUUAAAAAUUCAAGAAAGACCAUUUCUUUAAAUGAUAAUCAAUUUUGUUUUGCAUUAUUGCUAUUUCUUUUUCUAGACAAAUUCUGAUAUUUAAAUAGGAUAAAAACUGAUUGAAUACGGGAACCUUUUGUCUAUUUUUCAUUUGAAAAAUAAAAUAUUUCAUCAAAAAAAUCAUGAAAUUUAUGGUAUUGCUUUUUAACCCCGUUUGCACAGUGUCAAAACUUAUACAUUCUAAAUUGAACAGGCACGAUAUUCCCUUUUCUGCAAGAAAGUUACUUAGUCUAUUCCACAAAAUUUGAACAUGAUUACAUUCCCAAAAUAGAUGUUCUAUACUUUCCACUUGCAUGUUACAAAAAUCACAUAAGUUUGUUCUAGACAAUUUCAUUUUGUACAAGUAUUUAUUUGUUGGAACUAUUCGCAUUAAAAAUUUAUACUGGAAGUUUCUAAUUUUUGUGUCUAUCGUUGCUUUAAAACUUUGUCCAUAAAUUUUAUUCCAUUUUAUAUUAUUGUUUUCAACAGUAG